AUGGAGCAAACAAAUCUGUAUUCUGAUCUGUAUAGGAUGCAGCUGAUUUUCAAUGAAAUCCAAGGAUGUGAUUCAAAAAGAUAUUCAGAGUCGUUGAACGAGGUUAUUGAGAUAUUGAACACACAGGAGCUUCUUAAUGAAUUCUGUAGAAUACUGGACACGAUUCUUGUGUGCAAGAAGCCAUCAAUUCCAUUGAGAAUACUUAACUUCUUGAGAAGAACAUUUGAAGAUGUUUCUGAGGAUCCAAGCAGACAGCAAUUUAUUAUAGAAAUAUUUUCAUAUCUUAUACAGGCAGUUGAUUCUCGUAUGCAUAAAGUUAGAAGGAACUCGCUGUCUGUGAUCGGCCUUCUUCUUGAUGUGUUGCAACCAAGCACUAUUGAUAGUGUAGUAAUCCAGAAGCUUUGUGAGAGAUUGUUUGAUAAGGAUAAGGGCGUGCGAAAAGAAACAAUCAGGGUUCUAUCAGGAUUUCAAGGAUCUGAGCUUAACAGAAAUGUUAAGGUAGUGAAUUUAUUCAAGGACAUUCUAAGGUACGAUCCAAACAACGAUGUAAGGAUGUUUAUGCUGAGUGUGAUAUCUGUUGAGCAAAGUACGUAUAAUUGUGUUAUUGAAAGAUGCAUGGACAUGGACGAAUCUAUCAGGAAGAUGUUCUACGGCAUUUGUUUGCCUAAGAUUGAUAUGAAAGAGCUAUCAGCUGAUAAACGAGUGUUUUUAAUGGAGAGAGCUGUUGUUGAGAGAGACUUUGAUGCAAAAGGAAAGCUUGUUGAUGUGCUUUUGUCUGUGCAUUGUCUUCCUGAGCAGCUGGAAGUGCUUGUAGAUGAGUUUUAUGACACAAGUGCAUUAGGACAUCUGGAAACGCUACUGAGAAGUGUUUUUGACAGGGUAGGUUGCUCUAAAAGCUUUGAAUAUGUAAUAAGUCGGCCUACGGAAAAAAACACAUUUUUGUACUUAACAGAGCUGCAGUAUAUUGAAGAGAAGGAUGGAAGAGACGCACUGUGCUUGCCAGAAAUAGACGAAUUUGUGUCUGUGAUGUAUGAAUCAUGUAUGUCUGUGAUGGAAUGCACAAUGGAUGAAAGCAGAAGGGAGAUGGUGAAUAGAAUGAGGAAUUUAUUUAGAAUUGCCAAGAUGUAUGAUCUUUUCAGUGACACAUCAAGGAGAUGCAUACAAGGAAUAAUCUACAAGUUACUUGCAAAGAGUUGUAUGGAGGAGAUUGUGGAAGAGGUUGUUGAUGAGGCGAUGCAGAUAACGAGUGUGGUAUGUGAUACAGAUCUGAAUAGUUUUAUAGGAAGCGUGGUUAAGAAGAGUAUGCACGUGUCGCCUGGAAUAUGCCUGAUGGUGUGCAAGCAGGUAAUGAGACACAUCCGCCCGUUCAGCAGCCUUCACAGUGCAAUUGUGGAUGAAAUAGUGGUGCCAAAUAUUGAGAAUGGAGGAAUGGUUGUGGAGGUGCUUGAGAUAGGAUUUUUCUAUGUAUUGGAGAGAGAUAAUGCAGUGAUUGUUCAGGGCCUUAUUGAUGCAAUGAGUGACAGUCACCGAGUGUGGUGCAUGUGUGUGGAUCUUGCGAUUUACACAAGAAAUCAGACGAUUUUGAUACCUGUGGAAGAGUAUGCCAGAGAUAUAUUGGAAAGGUUUGAUGAUGAACAGAUGAUUAUUCCAGUUUCCAAGCUUAUUCUGUCAGGAUGUGUGUCUGACAAUGAGCUUAAGGAAAUGUUUGUGAAGUUUGCACUUGCAAAAUACUACUGCACAGACGAUGAUCAUCUGAAGCAGUAUUGCAGUGUAAUGUUUUUUGAGAUGUUUUGCAAAGACAGUAGUAUUUUGAUUGAGGUAUUUUGCGAUAUUAUUGAAUCAAUUAAUGAAUGCUCUUACAAAGUGUUUAUAAGCCAAUCUCUGUACUGGAUAGGAAAUAGUAAAUAUGUGAAUGGGUCGCAACAACUUUUCUACAAGAUUUGCAUUCGGCUUGCAGCUGAGAAUGGAGAUGAAAGAUACAAGAAGUUGCUGCUUGGAGUGCUUGAUAGUAUUGAUGUGUUGGCAUGCUGGGAAUCAUGCUUAACAAAGAAGAUCAUAUUCUGCUGCUCAAUUAUUGCGAAGAGACUGGGCAAUAGAUUAAAUCUUGGCGAUUCAGUGACGAGACUAAUGGAAGUAGAUGAUGGCGAGCCUAUUUCAAAGGAAGACUUGGAAAGUGCAAAAAUCGAUCUGGGUAUCAAAUAA